AUGAAAAGUGUUGCAACAUUCAUUGAAUUAUUUCAGGGGCUAAAUUACAAGUUAUCAGAGAAGAAGUUGAGUUCGUCAGGAACAAUAAGCUUGAGCAAAAGGGAAAUCUUUGGCAUCAACGCUUCGCUUAAUGAUUUGACUGUCAGUACUCCAGUAAUCUCAAGCCAACUCGAAACAAUACGGGUGUGCAUUGGUGACUUGUGCAAUUAUAUAUAUUACGAGGACGAGUAUGAAGAAAGGAUCAGCUACUUUUUGAUACAUUUGCACUUGAACCAGUUCAUGAGACACCACUUUUGUGAUCUCAUCAAGUCAUUGUGGCCCAUUCUUGUGAAGGUGAACACCCAAGUUCGCGAUUUGGCCCUUCUUCAUAAGCUUAUUGAAGAUUCGUUAAGUAAUACCCCUUGUUGGAACUGGUUGAGCUCGGCAAUAUUGGCAAAAAUAGCUACAAAUGAUUUUACCGUCACUUUAUUGAAGGAGGUGCUAAAUUCACGAGAAAACUUGGCAAAAUUUGAACGUAUGAAGUACCUUAAUAGAGACUUCACGUCCUUGAUGAACCUAAUUGAAUUGUUGGUGACUCUCGAGAUGGAUACAGCCUUUCUUCCUGGGUUAACAACACCGUACAUAAAAUACAUUGAAACCAUCAAUCCCCAUUUCAAAAAUUUAAUCCAAUGCCUGAUUGAGUCGAACAUUGACGAAUUGGCGAGCUUAUAUUGCUAUGCGCAGCCCAUUGAUCGAUAUUUAUUACAUGUUUGGGUUGAAUCAGAGCAAGAAUUUCUCUGUCAUCAUAUCAAUCUCAAAUGCCUCAAGUCGUUCAGAACAUUUCCAAACUUGAUUGUAAAACUAAACCUUUCGUGUGUUAUGGGUCCAAAAACUAGAUCGAAAAGGAUGCCCCCAGAGACUUUCAUUACGUCAUUUGCGGUUAGGCUUUCCAAUGGAUCUGAUGAAAAGAGCUUGAAUAUACAGUUGCAAAUGAAGGAUGUGUUACACUUCAACUGGCUAGUGCAAUAUUUGAAGUCGCUUCAAAAGAAGAGAAAAUUGGCUGUCAACACGGUGCUGGAAAGCGAGAUACCACACAUCAGCAAGACAAGUGUCGUAGAUGAGAAGGCUAGACUUCAAAGCUUUGAGGCUCGCAGAAGCAAAAGUGUCUACCAAACAGUCGGUCAUAACAGUAAUUCUUCUAACAAGAGAAAGAAGCUUUCAGACGAAUGGGAUUUGACACUGGAUUGUGAAUCCUCAUUUGAUAAAACCGGAACCUUCAACCUGAAACAAGUACUGAAUAGACUGCAUAAGCAGGGGAGCAAUAUAUUGCAAACUGGUGAGAUCAGCAAAGGUUUGCUUGAGGAAAAUGAAGUUGGUGCCAACAAUAAUAGAAAGGAAAAGAGCGAAGAAAACACAGCUUGGACAUCUGAAGAUAGGGAACAUGGAAAUGUGUCCAGACAUAGACCUGCCCAUCUUGACGCAUCAUAUCGGCUAACUCUGCAAGAAGUGGAUGGUGCAGGCUCUUCCACGAAUUUGUUUGUUCCAACAGACAGCUCGAAGCUUGGGCAGAGUGAAUCGCUGCUGAUAGUUCUUGCCCCAAAGGAGCGUAUCAGUAGAGUGGUUAAAACUCAAGCGUCGUUGAUUCUCGAUACCCAAGCACCUGUUCGGACUUCGACUCCUAUCAAUGCCGAGUUUACGGAAUUCCCCACGACAACAGAUAAGACAUCAGAUACUGAGGGAACUAUUGACGUAAUGCAAGAUGCCUUGAGAUUAUUCUCAUCUAAUUUGGUGAACAAAUUAAAAAGAAUUGAAUUCGAAGUGCUUCACAGGAGAAAUGACUUGCAGGCUCUGGUUGACGACGAGUACAAUAAAAUAGAACACAUGCAGCGUGCAAAGUUGAAAGAAAUACAAGAGUACUGCAAAAGUGAAUUAGAUAAAAUUGUAUGA